UGAUAAAAUACCCUGAGUUGUUUCGUUUAAAAGCAACUUUUGGGGACGAAACAGGAAAAAAAGAACAAUGGGGGGCCGGGUACUUAUUCCUGCAACAAUAACCCUCUUUAAAAUAAUUAACAUCUAAUUUUACAAUUAUCCUUGCAUCGUAGCAAAAGUAAUUAACUUGCUAUAUGAACACUACGAAGACGAAUUAUGGCUCUCCGCGAAGACUGGACAAGGAAGUUACAUAAUGGUUUAGCGCGUGAGUGUGAGAAUGUGGAGAGUGGCAACACCAGCAGCAGCGAUCGAGGAGCUUCAAGACCUGCGGCUUGUCAGUCUCUCUACCCAGACGCUCCCGUGUUGGUUAUUUCCUCCCCUGGUGCUCCUCGCUCCAUUGUCAUUCCUCGUCCAAGUGUCAUAUCGGGGUGCCAUUCCUCUUCCAAGUGGCAUUCCUUGUCCGGGUGUCAUAUCUCGCCCAAGUGCCGGUCCUCGUCUGAGUGCAUUCCUCAUCCAGAGUGUCAUUCCUCGUUUGUGCAUCUUAGGAUUCUCUUUUAAGAUGGGGAUGAUUUUAUUUACCAAGUGAAAUAUAAUUGUAACAUAAUAUGUUAAUGCGGACUUUAAGCAUACUGUACCACUGGUAGUAUUUGAAAAGAAAAAUUAUAAUUUCCUCUUUUUAUUAAUAUAAAAAAUGUUAAGUAAGCGUUUUAAGAUUCUACUGGCACUUAUAACGUUCACUGCAAUAGUGUAUGUCCAUUUAAACGCCAAUGAACUUCUUUCUGAUUACAAGAUGACGGUUGCAACCAGAUUACAGCAAUUCUUGAACGGCACUCACUCCCCACAUAAAAAUAACAGUGUUGAAAGUCUCUUCUUGACCUGGGAGGACGAGGACUCUGGCAAGUCCUUGGAGAUCACGACACAUCCCACGGAACCCAUUGUAAAGGAGCAGACAGCACCUCCCACAGCGCCCACCACAUAUCCCAAGGAGCCCACAACACAUCCUCAGGAGUCCACAACACAUCCCAAGGAGCCCAUAACACAUCCUCAGGAGCCCACAACACAUCCUCAGGAGCCCACAACACAUCCCAAAACACCAACAGCACAUCCUAAGAAAUCCACAACAUAUCCCAAGGAGACCACAAUACAUCCCAAGAAGCCCACAAUACAUCCCAAGAAGCCCACAACACAUCCCAAGGAAACCACAACCCAACCCAAAGUACCACCGACACAUCCCAAGGAACCCACCAUACAUACCAUAGGACCCACCGAGCACUCCACGAACACCACAGUGCUCCGCUACACAAAGGUACAAUUAAGUGAUGCAGCAAAUUCCGAUCCAGACCCGUCUUGGAGCCCCGCUACCCAAGAAACAGCUGAGAACUUUGAAACCCAUGGAGGCCCUGGACAGGUGGAUUUCCCCAGCAUCAGUAACUGUACCUACAGCAAAAGGAAGCGGAAAGGUCACACCCACACAACCAAAGAUGUGUACCCCUGUAGGAAGUGGUUCGCCCCGGACCCCAACGACCCCUUCUGGCCUGUGGUUCUAAGUCCUUCCUACGGCAGGAGUCUCACAAGCCUAGCGCGCCGCCAAGAGGAUCCUCAGAUUGAGCAGUUGAUAAAUGAGCAACUAGUGGAGCAAACGAAGCGCGUUAACCUACUGGCCCAAACCUGCUCUAAGCACCCUGAAUUAUCAGUGCGCCAGUAUCUGCGCUUCGUGUGGGACACAUCCCGAACACCUCCUGUCAUUUACUGCCCAAUAUACAAGGUAGCCUCAACUACAUGGAUGGUGUACUUCCUUCGCCUCCGCCACAUCAAUGACCACGUACCGGAGCUCGACCAUUAUGACCCACAUACCAGAGAGCAGCGGAAAUAUCUGCCACGCUAUGGAGGCGGUCAUCGACGCGUGUUUAAGGAGUACAUUGAACCCAAGGAGAGUCAAGAGAAAAAACAUGUCUUCCAAGACGCUAUACGCUUCAUCGUCGUCCGCCAUCCAUUCGCCAGGUUAUUGUCUGCAUUCAGAGACAAGAUUGAGCGGGAGGAGCCUCGUCCCUUCACACCCUACUUCAAGGAUCUCCAACAAGCUAUUAUAAGCAAGUAUCGUCCAAGAGACAGCAACAUUACCUUAGCCACACCCACGUUCUCAGAGUUUGUGUACUACAUUAUUGACACCACCAAGAACUUCAAGACUGCUAAGGAUUGGGACACAAAUGUAGUGUGCUGGACUCCGUAUUGGGUGCAGUGUGGCGUAUGUGCUUCAGACUACCAAGUUAUUGUCAAAUUGGAGACGAUGGCUACCGAUGAGCAGUUUCUGGCACACAUUGCCAACUUGAAGGAGAUUCAGAAUGUUUACGAGUGGAGAAAUUUGAGGAAUUCACCAGCCGAAUCAUCUGCAACACGCUCUAAAUACUACAGAAGCUUAACCAAGAGACAAAUUUGGUUGCUCUACCAACGAUACAAAUUGGAUUUCGAUCUCUUUGGGUAUUCAGUUGACGAAUAUUUGGACCGCUGAGUUUAAAAUUUUGACUCAGUGCUUGAAAUAUCAAAUACAAUAUACUGUAUAGUCUAGUGCCAAAGUAAAGGAAUUUUGGGCAUACUGGCAUGGCGAAUACAUUUCUAAAUUCUACUUCAGGAGAAAGGGUUGGUUAUCAAGCCCCAGCGACCAGCGCUGUUAUGAAAUUCGAAGCCCAAUCCUUCUCAGAAUUAAGGUUUGAAAGCGUAUAACUGUAGUACCAGCUUUGUUGUGGAACUUUAAUUCGUAGUACAGUUGAUUGAUUGAUGAAGAUUAAGCCACCCAAAAGGUGGCACGGGCAUGAAUAGCCCGUAAGUGGUGGCCCUUUUGAGCCAUUACCAGUAUCAAGAGCUGAUACUGGAGCUCUGUGGAGGUGCGACUGCAACCUGCGUGACAGGAGAUGUCUCCCGUGGUAGUACAGUUAAAACUGCGAAGGGCGGUUGAAUGUGUAAGUAAUAAGUAAUUAUCAAAAGAAACUGCCAAGCAAAUAGAGAUUAUAAAUACAUGUGAUGAGCGGUGUUCAUUAAAGGAAUCAGAAGCUGAGGACUGUAUGGAGGGUGUUAAGUGUUAUAGUGAGGUUGAUUUAAACUUCUUUGCUCUUACAUUUAGUUAUAUUAUUAAUAUAGUUUAUUUUUUCAUACAAGAGCGUGUUUCUUUAACCUUACUGACUUCAUUCAAGUGGAGAGUUU